GAAUAUACAUUUCUUCCUGCUAUUCUUUAAGGCCAGCUAACUUGGGUGGCGUUUGGAAUUUGAACUCUGAACACAGUCAAUAUUUCAGUCACACUCGCGCAUACGGAGAAAAGAGAGAAUGGAGAGUGCGGCGCUUCCCUUUGUGGGCAUGAUAAUGGUCGAGUUUGCACAGGUUGGGCUAAUGAUAGUGGGCAAAGUGGCUAUGUCAAGGGGAAUGAGCAACCUCAUCUUCAUCUUCUAUUCCAACGCCCUUGCCUCGUUCAUCCUCCUCCCCACUUCCUUUUUCUUCCACGGAUCGGAGCGUCCUCCGAUCACGUUCUCCCUUCUUUGUGGAUUCUUCGCGCUGGGCCUACUUGGUUUUGGUAUACAGAUUCUGGGCUAUGCUGGGAUUUUGUAUAGCUCGCCUACGCUUGGCACGGCCAUGCUCAACCUUAUCCCAGCCUUUACUUUUAUUUUGGCCGUUGCUUUCAGGAUGGAGAAACUGGACUGGAGAAGCUCCAGUAGCCUAGCUAAAUCCUUGGGAGCCUUGGUGUCAAUUACGGGGGCAUUUAGUGUGACUUUAUACAAGGGCCUUCCACUUCUAAUGACACCCUCACCUUCAGAAGCAUCUCAUCAACUUCUAUUGCAAAUGUCAAACUGGGUCGUUGGAGGAUUGCUCCUUGCAGCUGAUUCUGUGCUGGCUUCAGUAUGGCUUAUCAUGCAGGCAUUGAUACUUAAGAAAUACCCAGCAGGGCUUAUUGUAGUCUUUUUCUACUGCUUCUUUGUGGCCAUUCAAUCUGCAGUUGUUUCAUUGGUCUUGGAAAGAGACUUGAGUUCUUGGAGCUUACAACCUAAUACGAGGUUAAUUGCUGUUCUAUACUCGGGAAUGUUCGGUUCUGCAUUCCAAGUUGGCCUUUCUGCAUGGUGCAUGCACAAGACCGGGCCUGUUUUUGUUGCUAUGUUCAAGCCUGUGGGUAUUUUCAUUUCUAUUGUCGUGGGUGUUAUCUUACUAGGAGAUACUUUCUAUCUCGGAAGUUUGAUCGGAGCAAUCCUGAUUGUCAUUGGAUUUUUUUCUGUAAUGUGGGGAAAAGCCAAAGAACAGAAAAUGAUUGGGGAAGCCGCGGUAAGGAACUUCGACUCCAGCAGACAAAAAGCCCCUCUCUUGCAAAACAGUGUUGAAGAAAUGUAGAAAUUUCGUACAUCAAAUCAAAGCAUAAAGGGACCUGACUUUGUUUGACAGUUUAAUAUCAGGACAACUAAAGCUGAUUUCAACCAUGAACUUGGGAGGGAUGUUAGCCCCACCUCUUUUUAGCAGUAUGUUGGUUCUGUUUCUGAUGCACAAUAAUUUUCGGAUAUGCAUUCAAAUGUUAUAGGAUGUUUAAAUGUUAUAGUUUUGCCCCUUGUGACCACUUCUAGUGUAACACCUUGCUUAAUUAACCAUUAGAUCAACACUUAAGCAUUCUAGAUUAGACUUUUAAUUUUGGGUUAUUACUUACAGUAAGGUUGAUAGUAAGGUUAGCCUUAAUCUUGGCACUUAGUACCAUUAAGCUAAUGAUUAGAGAAGCAAGCCCAUUGGUGAAUUUAGUGAGGCUUUUAGGACCUUAGAGCAUUCAUGGGCCUAGCCCAAGACCCUUAAGCUAGGAACCCACACACUUGACUCUUUUAAGCCCACAAGGCCCAAAGUCAUGUUUAGGUUUAUUUUACUAUUCAACUUGAAAGCCCAAUAAACCAUACCAUUGGUUUCCUUAAACCCAAAUCAUACCCUAAGUACCUAAAUUAAGAUUUGAAAGUUGGCUAAGACCAUUAACCACCAUACUUGAAGUUAGUGAACUUUAAGCCAUGUUUUGAGGUUUAAUUUCGUCUUAAUCUUUUCUAAACCUUUUAAUCCGAAAUUCUCUUGAUUUAUUAUUCCAUUUCAUCAUACUUAGACCUUACUAAUACCCUAGAUAAACCUCCUCACAUGUCAUUAAGGAAAAUGACAUAUCAAAUCCCAAACUUGCAUCAAUUGGCUCGUGUGUAUCCCCUUUGAGUGCAUAGACUGUUUUGCCCUUAGGCCCAAU